AUGUGGGAAGAGGCCAUUGCCUUGGGUAAAGAACUUGCAGAACAGUAUGAAAAUGAAAUGUUUGAUUAUGAACAACUCAGUGAACUGCUGAGAAAGCAAGCCCAGUUCUAUGAGAACAUUGUGAAGGUGAUAAGACCGAAACCAGACUACUUUGCUGUUGGAUACUAUGGCCAGGGAUUUCCAACAUUCAUAAGGAACAAAGUCUUCAUUUACCGGGGGAAGGAGUACGAACGCCGUGAAGACUUCGAAGCGAGGUUGUUGACUCAGUUUCCAAACGCAGAAAAAAUGAAAACGACGUCCCCGCCGGGCGAUGACAUUAAAAACUCCUCGGGCCAGUAUAUUCAGUGCUUUACUGUAAAGCCGAAACUGGAUUUGCCAUCUAAAUUUCACAGACCAGUGUCAGAACAAAUCGUGAGUUUCUAUAGGGUGAAUGAAGUCCAACGGUUUGAGUAUUCACGCCCUGUUCGAAAAGGAGAGAAAAACCCCGACAAUGAAUUUGCGAAUAUGUGGAUUGAGAGAACCAUCUAUGUGACAGCGUAUAAAUUACCGGGGAUUCUGAGGUGGUUUGAAGUCAAAUCGGUUUUCAUGAUUGAAAUUAGUCCCCUGGAAAAUGCGAUUGAAACCAUGCAGCUGACGAACGAUAAGAUCAAUAAUAUGGUUCAACAGCAUUUAAACGAUCCGAAUCUACCCAUUAACCCUCUCUCGAUGCUGCUUAACGGCAUCGUGGAUCCUGCGGUCAUGGGAGGGUUCACAAACUAUGAGAAGGCUUUUUUUACUGAAAAAUACAUGCACGAGCAUCCAGAAGAUCAUGACAAGAUUGAAAAACUGAAGGAUCUGAUCGCUUGGCAGAUCCCAUUCCUGGCGGAGGGCAUCCGGAUCCACGGGGAGAAGGUGACGGAGGCGCUGCGGCCGUUCCACGAGCGAAUGGAGGCUUGCUUCAGGCAGCUCAAAGACAAAGUAGAGAAACAGUAUGGCGUCCGCGCUGUCCUUUCAAGUCUGGAUGAUAGACGAGGCAGUCGGCCACGGUCUAUGGUGAGAUCCUUCACAAUGCCAUCGUCUUCAAGACCCCUCUCGGUUGCGUCGGUGUCUUCCAUCUCCUCCGACAGCACGCCUUCUCGACCCGGCUCGGAUGGGUUUGUGCUGGAGCCCCUCCUGCCAAAAAAGAUGCAUUCUAGGUCUCAAGAUAAAUUGGACAAGGAUGACCUAGAUAAAGAUAAGAAGGAAAAGAAGAAGGAGAAAAGGAACAGCAAGCAUCAAGAGAUAUUUGAUAAAGAAUUUAAAUCCACUGAUAUUUCUCUGCAGCAGUCUGAAGCAGUGAUCCUUUCAGAAACGAUCAGCCCGCUAAGACCGCAGAGACCAAAAAGCCAAGUCAUAAACGUCAUUUCAAGUGAAAGACGUUUCUCCGUCUCUCCAUCACCUCCCAACUCCCAGUUGACGCCCCCCCCAAUAACUCCACGGACAAAACUUUCUUUCAGCAUACAGUCCAAUCUGGAGCUGAAUGGUAUGUCCAGCUCCGACAUUCCCGACAUUCCUCCUCCUCUGCCUCUCAAAGGAAGCAUGGCCGAUUAUGGAAACCUCAUGGAAAGUCAAGACUUGAUCAGCCCGACCACCUCCCCCCCUGCCCAUCAAAGG